AGAGAUAUGUAUUUUACUUGAAGACGAGUUACCUGCGUUUGUAUCUUGGACUGUUGGGCUUCGCUAAGGUGCUGGAGAGCAUGGACAUCCAUUUAGGUCGACCUGCUAACCGAGGCUUCUCCAGAAGCAACGUUUUGCCAAACAGAUAUUUUUAAGUGUUAGAACGUUUCCACAUUCCACAAGCCACAUGCAGGGGGCUCUAGGAGAAAACAAAGUUGCGGACAGUAAUGUGAAAAAAAUUCUUAUGUCCUGUCUGAAAGGGCAACAGGUCAUCAUCAAAAUGGAGGCCAUGAAGAUCAUACAGGCGGAGAAGUUCUCCGAGUGUCAGAACUCUCAGUCGCGUUAUGGCCCUCCAUCACGGAGGGAGCCCCCUCUAGUUGCCAAACGGGCCUGGCCUUCAGAAUCAGAAAUUAUUGUCAACCAGGCCUGCGGAGAGAUGCCUAGUUUAGAGGGCACUCCAGGCAGUUUGGGGCUUCCCAGGACGCCCCCUCCACCGCGGCGAGAGAAGAUCUACCCUGGUCAGCGGAAGGCAAGCACAGAGAUUUGUUACCACCGUAAAACUCCAUCCGAUGAGGUCAUCGUAAACCAGUAUGUGCUGCAUCCGUCCACUCCUUGUGAGCCUUUAGAGUGCCCGACUUGUGGUCACAUGUACAAUUUCACCAACAAGAGGCCACGCAUCUUGUCCUGUCUCCACUCCGUCUGUGAGGAAUGCCUUCAGAUCCUCUAUGAAUCUUGUCCGAAGUACAAGUUUAUCUCCUGCCCCACCUGCAAACGAGAAACGGUGCUCUUUACAGACUAUGGCCUAGCCGCCCUUGCUGUCAACACCAGCAUCCUCAACCGGCUACCAGCCGAAGCCCUCGUGGCCAAUCCAGUGCAAUGGAGCAGCGAAGCAGACCGCACCUGCUACCAAACCUUCCGCCAGUACUGUGGUGCAGCUUGCAGUUGUCAGAUUCGUAAUCCACUCUCUUCCUGUUCAAUCAUGUAGCUAUUUGGCAAGCAGUAUUACCUUGGAUAGUGCCGAUGGUGGAAUCCACAGCUACUGGAUACCGGCAACCAACUUUCUCUCCAAACUUUGUUACAUAUCGGUCAAAUAGACUUUGUGGUUGACAGUGAUAUCUAAACCAAUUUAGUUUACAUCUUUCAAUUCAUCUCGGUGAACUUGCUUCUCUAUGUAGUUUGUCUGUCUCAACUCUUUGACUUCUUCUCUCUCUUUCUCUCUCGUCUUCCCCAGCCUUGACUUAUUUCCCUUCUUUCAUCUGUCUCUUUUCUUAACAACCUUUUCUAAGUGGCGAUGUACAUAGGCAUGGAUGGACGGGUAUAGACUGUGACUUGACCAUAUCAGUAAAAAGUCUCUUUUUCUGUAACCAGCGGUGUCACCUAAGCCCAGUACCAAGCACAACAUUUGGUGGUGUACAAAGUCUGGUAUUAUCAGCUGAGGUUGUCCUGGAAUUCCCUCUACACCUCUAGGGAGCACUGCUGUCACCUCUCUCUGUCAAAAUUGUUUUGCCAAAGCUUUUGUUUCAUUUGCUGACCAAGACAAAAAUAUGAAAUAAUAAGAAAUGAUAUAUUUUAAAUUAUUGUAUGUAUUUAAAAAAAAAAGAAAAAAAAAUCACUGCUCCGCAUUAACCACUUUGCAGGUCUUUCUUGCAUCAGUUUAACCUUUUCACUGCCGAAGAGGUCUACAGUAGAUUGCAGCGCAAUAUACUGGUGAUCUUUGCGGCAGCAAAAAAAAAGGAAGGUCGGUUUAUGGCCAAUGUGUUCUGAUGGGAGAAUCAGGGUGGGAGGAGUCUAUCUCUUGUUUUUGUUGAAGGGUAUGUCAUGUUUCUCUUUUUUGAAAGGAACCCUGCUAUUUAAUAGCUUUGCUGACAAGAGACAACUGUUAUUGUAGCUAGUCUAAAAUAUCCAUCAACUGUAUAAAUGGCUACAAAAACA